CCGCGUUCGGAUGGAACGCUCGGGCGUUCGAUCCCCUUUUCAUCCCCGCCGCCGCCGCCUUCCAUCCUUUGCAAAGAGAGAGAGAGAGAGGCUGCAAUCCAGCAGAAGCAGCACUCAGGCUUCGCUGUUUUGCAAACAAAUCCCUGCCAUUGGAAGCAAGUGUCAAGCGAAGGGGGAGCAGUGCAGAGAGGGAGAGAGCAGGCUUAUUGUAUUUAAUGUUUAUUUUGCAACAGGGAGGAGAAGAAAAAGAAAAAACAUCCCUUUUUUAAAAUCCUUUUUCUUAAAAAAAAAAAUCCCUUUCCCCCUCCUUCCUUUUACCUUUGGGCCAGAUCUGGCGUGGGAGCAGAGAGAUCGCCGCCAAAGCUGAUCGCUGCCCAAAAAACUGGACGAAGGAGGAGGAGGAGGAGGUAAAGGCAAGGGCUGGCGGCUCCUCUUGCUCCCUCCGAGGCUGGAAGACGAAGAGGAGGAGGAAGAGGAGGAUGAAGCGCCGAAAGCUGGCCGUGGCGGCCGGCUUCUGCCUCUCCUUCCUGCUGGGCACCCUUCUCAACCUCUUCUUCAUCCCGGCUUUUGAGCCCCAGCAGAGGCAGACCGACGGCGAUCCCUCUUUGGCCGGAUCCCUGCCGGAUCGGGGCCAGGAGCAAGGGAUCCCGCCUCCCUGGGACUUGAUCCGGCAGAUCCGAGAGCGCUCCCAAGAAGUGCUCCGCUACCAAGAGAGGGAAGCAGCCGACGCCGGGGCUGGACGGGCGAGCAAGCCUUUGGAAAGGCGGCUGAUGGAUCUCACCUCCCCGAGGAUCUCCUCUGCCUCUGCCUCUGCCUCCUCCACCCAGAGACUCGGGGAUCCCCCUCUGGAUCUCUGGCUCAGCCCUCUCCGCCUGGGCUGCGGGGACCUCCGCAACGUCACCGACGUCCACUACUUGGGCUCCGGCUACACCAAGGCGGUCUACAAAGCCCGGCUCAACGGGAGCCUCUCCGUGGCCCUCAAAGGGGUGGACUUCGCCGGACACGACGUGGCCCGCUGCCUCCAGCUCUACCGCGCCCUGGAGGACUGCUACCGCCUGGCUUCUUACAAGGUCCUCAAGGAGAUGGUCCUCCUCCACAGGCUCCGGCACAACAACGUCCUCCAGCUCUAUGGAUAUUGUUAUCAAGACAGCAAUGACAUUUCAAAUACACUGACUGCCAUCACAGAAUUGGGUUCACCAUUGGAGAUGAUACAGCUUUUACAGACCUCUUGGGAGGACAGAUUUCGUAUCUGCUUCAGCUUAGUUCAGCUUCUGCAUUACCUGGCCCACUCCCCCCUUGGUUCUGUGACUCUGUUGGAUUUUCGACCUCGGCAGUUUGUGAUCGUGGAUGGAGAGCUCAAAGUGACAGAUCUGGAUGAUGCCAGCACGGAGGAGACUUCCUGCAUUAGCAGCAGAGACUGUUUCAUGGAGUUCCCAGCAAGAAAUUUCACUCUUCCUUGUACUGUUGAGGGCAAAUGCCAAAAUAUGAAUGAGAAGAGGAAUCUUUACAAUGCAUACAGGUUUUUCUUUACCUAUCUUCUGCCGCACAGUGCCCCUUCCUCCCUGAGACCAAUGCUGGAUGUGAUAGUCAAUGCCACAGGGGAACUUCAGUGGGGAAUAGAUGAAACAGCUGCUCAUCUUGAAAGAGUCUUGCAUUUAUACAAGAGUGGCCUGUAUCUCCAGAACACCACUCGAACUCCCAAAUCAGCUUACCGAAAGAUACUUGAAGCUGCUAUCCCCAAUGAGAAUUACAGGUGCUGGCCAUCCUAUCAUCAUAAGGGAUGUCUCCUUUCCGUGUUUGACAUUAAUGAAGCCAUCGAUGUUUGCGAGAGUCAUUCGCAGUGCAAAGCUUUUGUUCUCACCAACCAAACAACAUGGACAGGUCGUCAGCUUGUCUACUUCAAGAUGGGAUCCACUUCCAUUGUUUCUGACCGUGACAAGACAACAUAUGUGAAAGUGACGGACUGAAAGCCAAUGUUCAAAUUUAUUCAGAAGUAACUCCUAAGUUCUGAUAGGUUUUCUCCCUAGUAAGUGUGCAUAGGACUGGAAACAACGAAUAGAAAAUAUGACAUAGAUUUGCAUGUAAAUGUAAACUGCAGUUGCAUGCAAAAAAGCUAAGGAUGGAGAGGGAAUUGCACUAACACUUAUUCUAAUCUACAGAGUGUGGAACCAAACUUUAAAGAAUAUACAUGCAUGACCAGGACAAAUGUGCAAUAAGAUAACAUUUUUAAAAUGUGACUUUUUUGUAAGAAGCAGAAUGAAAUCCAAAAUGUGAUACACUUUGAGGCUUGCCAAAAGUUGUUUGAAAAUAACAGGCACCCCAAGUGUGCUUUUCCCACUAGGGUUACACAAGCUAUGUAAAAUUUUGCAUAGUGGUUGCUUGGAAAUUCUCCCUUUUCCUAAGGAGUUUAGGAUCUUUUGUUCAGAUAUUUAUGUAAGCAAGUACAAUCACUGCAGUAUUGUUAAUCUUUGUGUGUUCCAAAGCUAAAAAUCAAAACUUCUGGAAGACAAUCAUUGCUUCUAUUCCUUGUACCAAAUACACAGGACCUAACAUUAUGGUGGCCCUUGGGGUCAAGAUAGCAUGUUCUUAAAAAAGAAUUUCAUUUGGAUUGUUAAAGUAAGAUUCUGAAGUAAAAAUAAGAAAGGGGGCGAGAACAAGGAGUGGAGGGAAGUACAUAAGAUAGGAACAUGGUCUAGAUGUAUACAUUAAACUCAAGAUAGUAUUUCCUGGGUUUGUCACCAAUUAAAAAAAACUUAUUCAGCUCUAUUAGUCUCAAUUGAUUAAUCAGCAUACAUUUUUCAAUGGGAAAUAUAGAGGGAACUAUAGCCAUCAUAAUUACCAUCCCCAUUACCAUUAUUGCCAUCUUAUUCAAGUUAGAAAAGGCAUUUCUCUCUCACUUUUUAUUACACUAGAGGGAAUUAGACAUAAUUGUUAUACAGGGCUGGAAGGGAUCUCUUUAGAUCAACGGAGUGAAUCCUGCAUCCUAUGGGACCCAUGUUGCUUCCCAAGGUUGUUUUUAUGGUCCUAGCCCUCUUUUGGACUCUCUGGCACCCUCCAGAUAGAAACAAAAACCAUUAAAAAAAGAGGAGAAGGAAGAAGAGGAGGAGGAAGGAAAUUUUCCAGGAUUUGUGAUUCUCCUUUUAAACAAGCUGCAUCUAUUUUUAAAGCCAUUUGUCAAAAGUGAUGCUGGAUUUCUGCCUACCUCCGGAUAGAUUUCCUUCCCAUUGGAUAGGUUCAUAUGGGCCUAACAGGUUCCAAGAGCAGGAAAUUGAUCCCUGGAUUCUUAGGUCCUAUCAUUGCCUUGCAGUUUUUAGGAGAAUAUCUAAUAAAUUAUUUUAAACAGGUUUUGUCCAGUUAAUCAAGGACACCCUUUUAAUAGGCUUACAAUGUUUUUAAUCAGCCAGACUGAUUAAUUGACUAAAUGUUGCAACCUUAGUAUGUGUAAACUGUUUAUUUAGCAAGAUGUCUGUAAUUGUGAGUAAGAGAGAGCUGUACACUGCAGAGUCCCAAAGCAUCAUUCUGAACCUGCAGUCAGUCCAACAGGUGCGCCACAUUUCUCUCUGUAUGCCUACAAAAUGGUGUCCUAAUAUUAUCUGCAGCAAUUUAGUUUUCUCAUAUGAGUGAAUGGAAACCAUAUAUUUGGAAAAAAGAAAAUGUUUGUAAAAAUGCUGUUCAUAUGUGAGCUUGCCCUAUUCAUUCUUGGGGAACAAGCUAAAGAUGUUGUGUUGUUCACACUUCUUGUUUUGACUGUUGUAGUCUGUUCAGUUUAUCCCAUAUAAUGUGAUGGGAACCCAUAACAGUUGAACUUUUAUCUAUCCACACAGCUUUUCUUGGUUCCAUUUCUUGGUCAUGAUAGAAUGGAAUACAAGAGUGAAAGAAAGAAAAUGCAGGACAUUUUUUUAAAAAAGAUGUUCAUAAAUUUAAGGAUCAUUGUGAAAUGAGACAUGUUUCAUUUGUUUAGCCUUUCAUUGUGUAAUGUUGAAUAGUAUCAUCUAAGUCACUAAGAUUUAUUCAUCAAGGUUUUGGAAAUGGGGGGGGUUGUUUUUUGUGGGGUGUUCUGCAUGGAGUUGUGUAUCUGAAUGAACUGAAAGUUUUAGAUACUCUGGUUCAUAGAAUGGUUUAUCUGUGCUAGGGACUCUGUUGUGAGAGAUAUUCAGCAUUACAACUGGAUCUGACUGAUGAAUUUCCCCCAGGCUGAUCUGCAUUGUAGAAAUAAUCUAAUUCGACACUCCUUUAAUUGCUGUGGCUCAGUGCUAUGGAGUUCUGUGGAUUUUGUUUUUGUGAGACCGUUAGCCUUCUCUGGCAGAGAGUCACAACAAACUACAAUUCCCAGAAUGCCAUAGCAUUGAGCAGUUAAAAACAGUGUCAAACUGGAUUACUUCUGCAGUGUGGAUGCAUUCCUAGAGGAAGCAAUGUGGACAAUUCAUGCUAAAAUGACUUCUGCAUGUUAUUAUGUUUGUAAUGCUUGGGGGAAAGCAUGCUCUUCAUGUGACUGCCACAUGUCAGGCUAAGACUGGCUAUUUUCUUUAACAAUGUAGCCCUGAUCCAUUGGCAGAGCAGCUAACAAAUAACAAUAAUGAAUAGUAUAAUUGUUCAGGAAUAUCUUAUGACAAAAGAUGCCUUUUUGUGAGUGAUUCUAUGGAGUUCUGGUGGUACUAAUUACUAGCUUUAAGAACAAAUGACUUUAACAACAUCAAGUGAACCCAAGUCUUAAUAAUGCAAUAGAAAUAGCAAAAUCUUGUCAGAGGCAAAGUGUGCCUAGAUAAUAUGCUUUCAGUGAAAGCAAUAAAGGAAAUGUUAAAAGUGACAAAUGUCAUGCUGUUUUCUAGUUUGUACAUUCAAGAAUCUUUUGUACUUUUGUUCUUAAAUUGUUUAUUUUUGCAAAUAAAAUGAAAUGAAAUGAAAU